GUGCCCACACUUUGGGAGGGGAGGCAGGAGGGCAUGGAGGGAGUGAAGGAUGAGGAGCCUACAGGGAGCUUUCCUCCUGCCGCUCAGUAUCUCGGUUUGGACCUGAGGCAUCUGCAAGGCAACAGCCUCUGCACUGUGUCCUGGAUGGAUGCUCCUCCUCCAGCAUCCAUCCAAGAGUGCAGAAAGGAGCCCACCGUGGAAUAAGGAAGUGUGCAUCCUAACUCUUCUGAGAAUAGAGCUCCAUGACGCUGGGAUUUGUCUCCAUUUUGUUCACAGCUUGCUUCUGAGCCCCUAGAACUGUGUCCAGCACAUGUUUCCAGUGGCAUCUGGGUCCAUUGUAAUGGACCUCAUGUGUCUGGUGGAAAACCCGAUCAGCUGCCAGUAAAUCCCAGAGCACUGAAGAUUCUGGAGCAGAUAUCUCAGCCUGUGGUGGUGGUGGCCAUCGCAGGGCUGUAUCGGACCAGAAAGUCCUACCUGAUGAACCGCCUGGCAGGACAAAACCAUGUUUCUGAGUAACAGAAGCUGGAAAAACCUAAUAACAGUAGGUUUCCUGAGGAGCGAGAAGCAAGAAGAGCCCAAGAGGCCAACCAGAGCAACUGACUUGACCCCCGGCUGCAGCUCCAGCUUCCCAUGGCAUCUGGAUCCACCAUAAUGGACCCCAUCUGUCUGGUAAGAAACCAGAACAACCAGCUGACAGUAAAUCCCAGAGCACUGAAGAUUCUGGAGCAGAUAUCUCAGCCUGUGGUGGUGGUGGCCAUCGCAGGGCUGUAUCGGACUGGAAAGUCCUACCUGAUGAACCGCCUGGCAGGACAAAACCAUGGUUUCCAUCUGGGCUCCACAGUGCAGUCUGACACCAAGGGAAUCUGGAUGUGGUGUGUGCCCCACCCCUCCAAGGAGAACCACACCUUGGUCCUUCUGGACACCGAGGGUCUGGGUGAUACAGAGAAGGGGGACUCCAAAAAUGACUCGUGGAUCUUUGCCCUGGCCGUGCUCCUGAGCAGCACCUUUAUCUACAACAGUAUGAGCACCAUCAACCACCAGUCUCUGGAGCAGCUGCACUAUGUGACUGAAUUAACGGAGCUGAUCAGAAUCAAAUCAUCUCCCAUCUCUGAUGAUGUAGAGGACUCAGUCGAGUUUGUGAGAUUCUUUCCGGACUUUGUCUGGGCUGUGCGGGAUUUCAUGCUGGAGCUGGAGUUAAAUGGAAACCCCAUAACUGAAGAUGAGUACCUGGAGAAUGCCUUGAAGUUGAUUCCAGAUGAAAAUCCCCAAAUUCAAAAUUCCAACUUACCCAGAGAGUGUAUCAGGAAGUUCUUUCCCAAACGGAAGUGUUUCGUCUUUGACCGCCCUGCAAGUAACAGAAAACAAUUACUCCAUCUUGAGGAAAUACCAGAGAACCAACUGGAUGGAAAUUUCCAGAAGCAAUCAAAAGUUUUCUGCUCCUAUAUCUAUACCCAUGCAAAGGCCAAGAGCUUAAAAGAGGGAAUCACUGUCACUGGGACAAGGCUGGGAACUCUGGUGGAGGCCUACAUGUAUGCCAUCAACAGUGGAUCAGUUCCUUGUCUGGAGAAUGCGGUGUCAAUUCUGGCCCAGCGUGAGAACUCAGCAGCUGUGGAGAAGGCAGCUGACCACUACAGUGAGCAGAUGACCAAGCAACUGAACCUCCCCACAGACACGCUCCAGGAGCUGCUGGAGGUGCACGCAGCCUGUGUGAAGGAAGCCAUUGCAGUCUUCAUGGAGCACUCCUUCAAGGAUGAAAAGAAGGAUUUCCAGAAGAAACUUCUGGUCAUGAUCAAGAAAAAGAAAGAAACUUUCUUGCUGCAAGAUGAAGAAGCAUCUGUCAAGUAUUGUCAGGCUGAGCUUAAGAAGCUUUCAGACCCCUUGAUGAAGAGUAUUUCAAAAGGAACUUUCUCUGUCCCUGGAGGACACCGUCGCUACUUAGAAGCAAGGAGCAGGUUUGAAGAGAACUAUAAACUCAUUCCCAGGAAAGGAGUUAAGGCAAACCAGGUCCUCCAGAGCUUCCUGCAGUCACAGGCAGAAGUAGAGGCAGCCAUCCUGCAGGCAGACCAGGCCCUCACUGAUGCGGCCAAGGCCAUGGCAGAGGAACGUACCAAAAGACAAGCAGCAGAGAUGAAACAGGAUCUGCUAAAACAGGAACUGAAUGAUAAGAAUCAAAAAAUGGAGGCCCAGGAGAGAAGCCACACGGUGCAAAUGGAACAACUCCAUGUGGACUUUCAAAAGAAAUCUGAUGAAUUACAUUUUGAGUUAACUAGACUACGACAAGUAACUGAAAGAAAUGAAAAUACGUGCUUACUACUUCAGGAAUCCUGGCAGGUUUUACUUUUGUGUUAAUGUCCUUAUGAAGUGGCUUUUUUUUCACAAUGUGCAUAGGGAUGAUGCAUCUCAUGUGAAUUAUUAAAUGAGUUGACAAUUCCACUUAAGUACAUUGUAAAGGAUUUCAUAUAAUAGUUGUUAAUCUUUGGAAUAUGCCAUGGUAGUUUCAAUCCAGAAAAGUUUAAAAAUAAAAAGAAGUUAUUACUGAAGAAUCAGGGCCUGGAAUCCAAAUAUCUAAGUAAUUUUGAUUGAAAGUGAAAGUGAAGUCGCUCAGUCAUGUCCGACUCUUUGUGACCCCAUGGACUGUAGCCUACCAAGCUUCUCCGUCCAUGGGAUUUUCCAGGCAAGAGUACUGGAGUGGGUUGCCAUUUCCUUCUCCAGGGGAUCUUCCCAACCCAAGGAUUGAACCCAGGUCUCCCACAUUGUAGGCAGACGCUUUACCAUCUGAGCCACCAGGGAAGUCCUAAUUUUGAUUGAAUUAAUUUAAAGAAAUGGAGAAGUUAGUAGGUAAUGAUUGAUUCAUAGAAAAGUUUUAAGAAAAGUAUAAAAACAAAUCAUAAGAGAAAAAGUCUCCAUGAAACAGGUAUGAAGAUGAUUUCUUUAAGCCAUAAUGAGCCCUUAUACAUCAGUGAGGAAAGAGCAACAAUCACAUUGUUCAAAUGGGUAAAAACUUGAGAAUAUAAAUGUCUAAUUUUACUGAUUAUAAAAGACAUGAGGGGUAAAAUUAGGAGGGACCUGUGUCACCUCUCAGAUGGACCAGAAAGUAGUUUGGCACGAAAUUAGCAGUCUCUGAUAUAUGUUAGGAAGAGUGAAGAUUAAUGCAAAUAUAUACCAAACUUUAAGUGAAAAUACUGUUGAUACAGCAAGUUCUUAUUUAGAAAUUUAUCUUAAACAUUUACGUACCCAAAUUGAAAAAGAAAUGUAUGGUAGUAUAUUUAUUGAGGGGAUUGUUGUGAUCCCAAAAGACUGGAAACAUCUCUAAAGUCCCUCUGUCACAUACUAGUGCGAUAAAUCCUGGGACACACUUACACAGGAAUACUCUAUAGUCACUGAAAUGAAAAGGGAAACUCUAUUUGUGCUAAGGUGAGGCAAUCUCCAAGAUGUUGCUGCUCAGCUGCACAGUUGUGUCUAACUCUGCAACACUACGGCCUGCAGCACGCCAGGCUUCCCCGUCUUUCACUAUCUGCCAGAGUAUGCUCAAACUCAUGUCCAUUGAGUUGAUAAUGUCAUCCAACCAUCUCAUCCUCUGUCACCCCCUUCACCUCCUGCCCUCAAUCUUUCCAACCAUCAGGGUCUUUUCCAAUGAGUCGGCUAUUUGCAUCAAAUGGCCAAAGUAUUGGUGCUUCAGCUUCAGCAUCAGUCCUUCCAGGGAAUAUUCAGGGUUGAUUUCCUUUAGAAUUGACUGAUUGGAUCUCCUUGCUACCCAAGGGACUCUCAACAGUCUUCUUCAACACCACAGUUCAAAAGCAUCAAUUCUUUAGCAUUCAACCUUCUUUAUGGUCUAACUCUCACAUCCAUACAUAACUACUGGAAAAACCAUGGCUUUGACUAUAUGGACCUCUGUUGGCAAAGUGAUGUCUCUGCUUUUAAACAUGCUGUUUAGGUUUGUCAUAGCUUUCCUUCCUAGGAGCAAGUGUCUUUUCAUUUCAAGGCUGAAGUCACCAUCUGCUGUGAUUUUGGAGCCCAUGAAAAUAAAGUCUGUCACUGUUUCCAUUUUUUCCCCCCAUCUAUUUGCCAUGAAGUGACAAGAUUGGAUACCAUGAUCUUCCUUUUUUUGAAAUUUGAAUUUUAAGCCAGCUUUUUCACCCUCCUCUUUCACCUUCAUCAAGAGGUCAAGAUAUAUUAUAAGUGAAAAAAAAAUAAAGAUAUAGAAAGUG